AUGAAUCGUUUACCAAUAGAAAUUCUGGCUAAAAUAGCAUCGCAGGCAUUCCAAGAGAAACGAAUAGGCCCAGGCAGAUUGAGACUCGCGCCCUUCUUGACAAUCAAUAGGACAUGCCAGGUGGUGAUUGAGCGCGAGAUAUUUCGCCAUAUAGGCGUCGACACAGACAGCCUCCCCCAGCUCACAGCGAUUCUCAGCGGUUCAGCGGGUGAUCGACGCAUCCGCUUAAUACAAAAACUAGAGUUUCAUUAUCUUCGUAACCUGGUGCCCUUCCUAACUCCCACCAAGCUCAGUGAGCUAAGAGAGCAGCAACGGCAGGCAAACGAGUCCUUUUCUGAAAGUAUGAAGGCACUGUUCGGUCAUCUCAAGGGCUGGGAGGAGAGAUUGGAUGCGAGUGGGACAGUGGCCGCAAGUCAGCACCAGAUGCGUCUCCUUCUGGGAAAAGAAUUCUGCCAGAAGGAGGCGGUCCCGCCGAUGCCGCCUUCUCAUACAGAGGAUAUUGCAGUUCCGCCCUUGCCGGCACAGUCGCCGGCAAAUGUGCCACUAGAGGCCCCCGGCCGACAUUUUGCAAGGAGGCCAUGGUUAGGAUAUGCUCCAGAGCCAGUUCUGGCCCGCCCCCUCUGA